CCUGUCAUGGCGGAGUAAUCAGCUGUUAAUUGCAAUGCCAACGAGCAGUUUUAAAUUGUUUCCUUUUCUAACUUAUUCCCGUUAACUUAUGAUAUUUUAAUUUCCAAAUUGCAGUAUAAAAUAUUCUAUUAUUUAAUCAUCGGAUCCGUGAAGUUAAAGAAUGGCGCGACGUCCCUUGUCAUCUGUCAAUUUUAUUCAUUCAUCCAUUGUAGUGCAGAAAAAAAAUGUGACUUGUUUGAUUUAAUUUCUGUUUCACAUAAUAAGUGCUAGAUGAAUAUUAAUUACGGCCACUUUUUGUUUCUUUAUAUUUUUAAGAACUUCUUCGUUUAUAUACAUACGAAAAUAAACAUUUAUAAUAGCACAUAACACAGUCGUUUACACGGCCUAACAAGUUCUCUUUACAAAGAAGCCGUGCGGCGUCGGCGGUUUCUAUUAUUUUGUUUGACAUUGAAGUGCUAGUUGCAUUUAGAUGAUAUUCAAACUUCGAAAGUAGAUUAAAAAUCCAGUGAAUCGGAAGUGAAAAUGUCGGGUCGAGUAAGAAAGCAAACUGACUGCCCUGUGGGCAAGCAGGGUCCCAUGAGAGCAACCUUGCCGGUGUCUUCGAUUAUGAAGCAAGGUGGCGGAUUUAAAAAGAAUGCUGGCAAUAGCCCCACUCUGUCACCCACAAAUAUUUGGCGGCGGAUUUCCCCCGAUCACGCUCUUUCCGGCCAAAGGAGCCCGGGUGCUGUCAACUACAAAGGUAAAGGCAGAUUUGGGUCCAGUGUUAUCAGACGCACAGCUUCAUUAGAUACAUUAUAUCAAAAAGGACAAUGGUCAAGAGACUAUUACCUCCAUGCUGGACAACUCCAAGUUGAUAAAUCCACUCAAACUGAUGAUGGCGGUGGUAUAUCUGGUCGAUCAUCAAGAGGUUCUGAAGAUGACAAGCUUGACCGUUUUCUCAGAAGUCGUUUACAAAGGCCUCACAAACCUUCUGGAUCUGGAGAUUACUCCUCCCAUUCUAUGAGCCCAGGGCUUUGGUCACGAUUCGGCGGCGGUGGUGUUCCUUUGAGGGCAACACGGUCAUCAGUGGAAGGACUGAAUCAGGAAAUAGAGAGACUUGUACUAUGUCCCGCUAGUGGUACCCAGACUCCACAUCUUGAUCGGCUUAGAGAUAAGGUAACCCCUGAAGGUCACCGAGCCCCACUCGCCGAACUCCUGCGGCGAUCUGUAAACACACAAACUCCGCACGAUCUUUGUCAUACCGCACAUUCUUCAGAUCCACCGUCCCGAGGGUCACUGUCGAGCGCCGGCUCUGCCGAGCUUCUAGCAGCAGGUGGGAGUGUUUGUUCCUCUCCUGAUCUCGAUGGUUCUAAGCUUGGCACAUCACCCCAGAUCAAUAGAUUUUUAGCGCGUGAACCUCCAGAUGGUUGUGAAAAGGUUAACUUGAAAGCGGGCGAGGGCUCGUACACCGAGGCGCUGUCCGUGAUGAAGCCAUCUGCGCCGGGCUUCACGCUGCGGCCGUCGCUCGGCUCCGCGUUCCAGCCGCUGCAGCCCGCGCAGCCGUCGCCGCCGCACACGCCGCACGGGCAGCACACGCCGCUCGUGCCGCACACGCCGCUCUCGUCGCCCUCGCCGCUGGCGCCGCACACGCCGCUCGUGCACACGCCGCUCGCGCACACGCCGCACGCGCAACACCCGCCUCAAUGACUCGCGCCACGCCGCGCGUGGGGCUACCGCGCACUCUGUACGUUCGCCAGUCUUAUCUGCGGCUUCGGAUGCUUUGGGGGGCGAUAUGGACGAUAAAUGUGUUGUGUUCGGUACAGUGUAUUGAUAGUGGGUAAAGAAGGCUACCUAUAUUGAGCUAUGAUAUUCUCAGACUUAAUAUGGGAUUUAGAUUUUUGUUUAUGUGCAGUGUUUUCAAGGUUUAGUAUGGUUUUUAAAGAAGUACAAUGUAAAUAAUAGCUGAGAUUAUUCAAAGUGAAAUAUUAAUAACUUUUUUUUCAAAUUUGAACUCUGGUGUUUAUUUAUGUAGA